ACUGGUCAGACCCGCCCCCAGGAUUCUACACUUUGUCACUCCCGACAGCAUCUUCCCGUCGCUGCUCACGACAAUAUGCAAGCACGUUAAGCAUGGCCCAGAAUCCCGAGAGCAACAGCAGAGGGUCUCGAUCACAUCACCCAAGGUGCGCCUUGGCUCUGACUUGAUUCAUGACACGAACACGCUCCAACGCUUCCCAACAUGAACAACCCCGAGUUUCGCCAAACCCUCCACAACUUCUCCCAUAACCUCGAGACCGCCAAUCAGACCGCGCAAGAGAACAUAUAUACCUUCACCCAAUUGUAUAUCGAUCCUUGCUUAGCUGGCUUGAAAUCAUGCCUGUACGACUGCACUGCGCCAUGCUUCCCCAAUCGAGAAAACAACUUGCGCCGCAGGAGAGGAAGAUCUGGUGGACGAGCCGAGUUCAACUUCAACUUUUAUGAUGCUUGGGACGAUGAUGAAGAUGAAACCGAUGACGCAAGACUGGCGUGGGGAAACGACGAGCUGGACAGCUUACUGGCUGGGCGAGGCGCUCAACCUUCUCGACAGCGCGCGAUGAGCUACGGGUCGCGAGGUCGACGAAAACCUACAGGGAUACAGCCAGAUCCUGACCAAGAUCCAACCAUCAUACCAGGGUCUUCAUAUUUGGGAUUCCUAGAGCGAUUACCGUGGCAGAUUGGUAGUCGAAAACUGCGGUACAAGCCCUCUGCGGCUGACCUGCAAGAACACCCAGGCGCUCACCGAGUCAGGACUGAGGAGAGCGCUCCAUUACUUGAGGAGAAUGAAGAGGUGGAUGGAAAAUGGAAGAAGACUCAUGGGCGACAACGAAGUGACACGGCAACGUCGAGAUCCACAACAGGUUCGCGAAGUUCUCGUGGAGAUCUCAUUAUGAGCGACGAGGAAGAUGACGCAGUGCCUUUGGAUGACGAAUUUGCUGUCUCUCUCAGCCGGCGCAUCACAAACCAGGGAAUGAACGAUGACCAAGGCAGUGGCAAGUCAAAGGCGGCGGGGGGGAAGCGACCUGGUGCAUCGAGGAGAAAUACUCGCACGCCUUCAUCCAAAUCUAUCAAAAGCCCAAAUUCGAAAACGGCCAAAGGCCAGGAAUCACCAUCACAACGGAGCCUAGUAUUGGUGUCACCUGCACCCGUCGAGGAUGGCAAUCCUCCGUCCACUCUUCUCGAUCUCAAACAACAGGAGGAGCAGGCGGAGCAAGCCGAAGAGGCUGCGAUUAUACAAAAGCGACAGGCUGCCCGUCGACUGGCUCUUGAAAGGGGGCUGGAAUCGACUGAACAGAGAACAGAAGUGGAAGACAAUGAUCAAACCACGGGCAUUAAUUCCAUCAGUACGCCAACACAGGAUCCAUUUCCAGAUAUCGAUACGUCCCUAGAUUCCGUUCUUGGCGAACCCGAAGCAGACCCUUCAGAUCGUCCGAGUAUAGGCGAAAGAGAAGAAGGAGAAGAAGCUCCAUGAAGAAGUAAUCUAUCCAAUCGCAUGCCUGGCGCACGACGACAAUGAUGACGGGGGGCUGACUGAUUUGGUGGAUAUAUCAUCAUAUCAUCCGUAUUAAUGAUUCACGACUGUUGGGAGGCUGCUGUCCUGGUCUGGUCUCGCCGAAAUUGUACAGUACGGCAGAAGCUGCAUAGUGCCUCGAUGCUAAUAUAGCCCAAUUAUAUCUAGAUUGUAUAUCGUCAUUUCUA